UCAUAGAUCAAAUCAAGUAUCCGUGGCUUUUAUUGUGAACCAUCUCAAAAACAUGGCCAAAAUAGAAUGGAUUAAUAUUUUUCACAUAUCAAAGCAAGACUAAUAUUAAUUGGACAUUUAAGAGAUUGAAAAUCUUAAUCAAUGCAUUCUUAGUAGGUAAACUGGAUAAAUUAAAAAUUUUAUUAUUGAUUCAACAGGAAUAAGAACCUGAUACCAUGUUUAGCAAGAUAGAAUUUAUAAUAAAUUGAAAGAGUUUGCCAAUAAAAACAAAAAAAU